GGCGAUUGUUCUGGCCGUGGCUAUCUUUCUUCUCCGCCUCAUUCCAUAGAAGAACCAUACUAUCAGCAUGUCUGCAUUGUCCUGGGCGCUGGCCAUGCUCCGCCCUCGAUCCCGCUGACGACGCCGCCGACGACGACAACGACGAACCACGAAGAUCAACAACCGGAGCAACCGUCUGCCCUGUCCUUGUGCCGCGGUGGCCGUAGUGCGCUGCGCAGAAAUUAUGGCAGCAUGGCCCUACCGAUAUUGCAUCAUGGCUCGCUCCAUGGCUCCCCCGGCUCCCCUGCUGCUGCAGGCCUGCUGCUACCACCCUCUGCAGACAACAACACGGCCAAGCGACGCGCUGACGACCCGCGACGUCUGCGCCGCGUAAAGGACUCGCGCGAGCAGCUCAAGCAGCGCUCCAGGACUCGCGCCGCCAGCAGCGCCACCAUCGACACGACGACCAGCGCGGGCACCUCGGCCGGCCGCUCCUACACGGUUGCCAACGUGCACAACGGCGUCAUCUACCUGAGGCCCGUCGUCCGCCCCGGAAACCAACGCUCCCACGCGCUGCCCGAUCCCUUUGUCUUCCCGCCCCAGACGCCGCCCGACAGCGCGACGGCCGACUCCCGCCUGCGCUCGCUGAGCAAUGAAUGGGAGCACAGUCUGUACGGCUCGAGGUCCCCGUCAGCCGAGUCCACACCGCCGCCGCCGCUGCCCCAGCCCGUGACCGUGGACGAUGCAUCCCCGCAACCCGCGCCUGCAGCAGAAGACUCGGCCUCGGUCACGCGCCCCGCCCAACACGCCCGCGCCCACUCCUUCUCCACGUCCGACAACCACACGGCGGCCUCGUGCACAAACGAGCCGGGCACCUUCAAGAUCGUCAUUGAGCGCUCGCCCUUUGGCCGCCCCAAGACGGCCGACACGUCGUCGUUCCCCCUGCUGCAGGUGCCCAUCCCCAACUACCGCCUGGGCACCCCGCGCUUCAGCACCCGCGGCACCCUCGACUUCCGCAGCUCCAGCUACACGCGCUCCUCAGGCACCGACAACUUCACCAAUUCGCUGCUGACCCCCCAGCGCGCCGGCAGCCACUCGUUCCUGUCCUCGCGCCCCCACUCGGACGCCUACUCGCCCGUGCCCGCCCGCUACCGCGCCACAAUGGAACGCCCGCCACUGCCAAACUCGGCCCCCUCGUCCGCCCGCGUGUCGCAGAGUCCCAUUGGGCCCAGGCUGUUCGACGCCCUCACCACCGACCCGGACGACACCACCGUUGUGCGCUUCUCCCCCUCGGGCGAGCUGCUCGCAGCCACCCCCUCGCGUCUGGUCGCCCACAUCACCUCGCCGAGCUUCCUCGACUACGAGCUCCUCUCCGACUUCUUCCUCACUUUCCGUGCUUUUUUGUGCCCUAGAGACCUGGUGGCGUAUCUCAUCUCCCGCUUACGGUGGGCAGUCGACAGGCAGGAUGACUUUGGCCGCAUCGUGCGUGUGCGCACCUUCGUAGCCCUGCGUCACUGGAUCCUGAACUACUUCGUCGACGACUUCACGUCAAACGACUUUCUGCGCAUCUAUUUUUGCAAUCUCGUGAAUGGCCUCUACGAGGAUCUGCAGCGUCGUGAGGAUGGAGGGGGGGGCGAUAUCAAGAUUGUGGGCGAGCUGAAGAAGUGCUGGAGGCGUACUUGCGCCUUGUAUUGGGAGACGGAGGAGGGGAUUGGGAAGGACCCCGCAGACAAAAAACUGCUGCCCGGUGGACCGGCUGAUCCAAACCUUACCGUUGAAGAGCCCUACUGCAUGCCGGCUACACCGAAUAGCCCCAAGCGACAAACAGCACGUGACACCAAAGAGACCAUCGGGUCGAAUCCAAGCGACCACUUCGCGAGCCGACACAUGGACUGGGCGCAGAGGUCUCGCCACACACCGCAGAACUCAAUCAGCUCGCCGUAUAUGUCCUCGCUUGAGUACGAGACGACACGGGUGCCUUUGUCGCCAGAAAGCGAGGCAAGCAUACACGUCCUCUCAUGCUCCAUCCCAAGGAAGGGCAUGUACAAAGCAGACCGUGGCACAGAUCUGCCUCUCUAUCCGCACCCAGUGCCUCAUCCUGUUGCCGUGGCUCCUGCUCGCCUGGCAGCUAGUCCGCAACGGAAUAUUUCUGUCAAAAAGUCCGGCCGACCUACGCAUAACCACAAGCGGAGUGGUAGCUUCUCGGACGCGCUGAGGGAUAGUAGAGCACAUCUGGCAAUUCCAAAGAACGCCUCCGUAGAUCUCGCGAGCUCGGCGUUGGCCAAUAUGCCAGGGAGUUUGGUCCACGGUGGGCUGUUCCAGCCAAACUCACCCUACAUGGAGGUUCCGCGUAGCAGCUCGCGUCCCGCACGCUCGCAGCUUCAGCUGGUCACCGACGAUAUUUAUGCACACGAACUGCAAGAACGAAGCGGACAUGUGACGACGCCAGGAAUGAAGAAGAUCUUUGGCACUGUACGUCGUGCAUUGAGCACUCGGCACUCACCCAAUGCAAGUCCUUACAUAGGGAGUGUUGGGCAGCAGCGACACGCCUCGUAUGCUCGGUCUUCCAACUCGAGUACCACCGCGCCUGGCACUGCGGGGCCGCACAAACGGCGCACUGCCCCGUCAAGACCACAGACGCGCAUCGAUCUUCUGGCUUGCGCGGUUGCGGAAAGUUUCAAGGAGGCAGUCGAGGCACAGCUCACGGGUGAACAGCAGUACAGUUCCAACCCGCCUGACUUGGGUGGGUUUGAGUUUGAAUUCGAGAACCGCCGGGCGCCAACACCUGACGACCGCAUCAAUGCGUCCCGCAACCCCAAUCCAAGAGUCCACAGCAAUAUCACGAGUGGCAGUAAAUCUAUCAUGAUCUACGACGAUACGGGGGCUCCGCCUCUCCCGCUCAUGUCUGGGGCUCUGCCUGCCUCCAAGGCUGAUGGAGAAGGUGUUGAAAGUGCGCCACAGGAAGAUUGUUCUCGAAACGCGUCUAUUGACGACAAAAUGACCGAGGGCAAUAUUCCCAUCUCUCCACAUCCGGAACUCUUCAAUGAUCUACAGGCUCAGAUGCCGAAGGAAGAGCAGCGCACAUCGCGAGCAACGACGCGGCCUUCAGUCACUGGGUGGAGGAGGUCCAUAUCCGAGGGGCGUGGGCACAUGCACUCCUUCAGACGCCGCGGGUCGACCAAGAAUUCCAUCGCACGGUCCGGCUCUCUACGGCGGCACGCGUCAUACAACAGUGGACUGAGCCGACUGAGCCGACUGAUGGGCCCCGAGAGCAUUUCAACAUUCCAGACCAUGUCAUCGGAUAACGACCCCUUUUUCCUCGACCGCCAUCGGACUGAGGAAUCAACAGGCCCCGCACGCCAACUUCGUCGGAGACCAGGUGGCGACCUGCGAGCCGCUGGUAAUGUCCACGAUCUCGAGUACAUCCAACGCCCUCACUCUACUGGUUCGGUGUCGAAUUGCACACAUUCGAUUGCAAACUCGGUUGUCCUGCGCUCUGAUCGUUAUGGCGAUUCGGAGACUGAAAGCAGUCCGCGAGUGGGCGAGGUUGAUGACCAACAGACUCCGAAGAAGAAGAAAAUCUCCAUGGUGGACACACACUCCUCACAACCUAAUCUAAGGCCUUCGUUUGAGGUCGAAGUUGCGAAACUCGCUGCUCUGCCAGAUGAUACGGAUGAUGAGGGUGGGGUCGAGUCUGCUUUGAUGAAGCUGGAAGGUCGGUAUGAGAGGAGGUCCCCUAGCGAGUCCUCUCCACUGGCUACCAUCGCACCAACUGUUUACCGACCAAGCGGAGCUCCCAGCCCAACCGUCUACGAGCCAUUGGAGUAUGUCACAUAUGUUCAGACGGAUAAUGUUCAACCCCGACCACUCACGCCGCCUGAAGCUAACGAAAGCAUAUACCGCUCGUCGGAGGAAAACUUCAACGGCCGCGUACCUGCGGUCAAUUCUGUCGGGGAGUCGGACGACUCGUACUCUUCGAUUCCGCUUCUCGAUCGCGGGCUGAGCAUUAUGACUGCUACGCAGCAAAGGCAGACGCUCGACACCAUGAGAUCUUCAGCAAAACCCUCGCCCCUGCAUUUUACUAGUCUCCCGUCGUUGGUGAACCCACACGCUUCGAUGGGUACGGCUUCUGCCAACUCGUCUGUCGAGUAUGUGGUGGAGACGGAGAGUAUGAAGAGGAUUCCCCAUGGCGGGACUAAACCUUCAUCUACGAUAACGCGGGAGUCGUUUCUUCUUGACGAAGAUGAGGAGCUUAGUGAUGUCGAAACGACGACAGACGCUAGGUCGGACCAGACUAGCCAUGGCGUGAGAAGCUUCUUUGACGACGAACCAGCGGAUCUGGAUAAGGAGCAAAUGGAUCUGCCGAUGCAUUCUGCGCGACAGCCCCUCACGCCACCGCUCAGCGCACAUCUGGUCAAGGAUCCAAUGACCGGUACGACUGCUUCCGAGGGCAGACCGAAUACGUCAGGCUUUACCCCCAACGCCUUCCGAUCCAACGACCAGACAUUCGUACAGGCCGGCCAGCUCCAGUCCUCGGCCGAGCUGCAAGACCUCGCCCGCGACAAGACACUAACCCCGCCUGCCCAUCUCCCCUUCGUGCUAGCCUACGACUCAGAGCUUCUAGCCCAGCAGUUCACCGUCGUGGAAAAAGACGCCCUCGACGAAAUAGACUGGAAAGAGCUCAUCGAGCUGCGCUGGAAGCAGUCCUCGCCCCAAAUCCGCGACUGGGUACAAUAUCUACAAACGCAGGAAGCAAAGGGCGUCGACGUGGUCAUCGCGCGCUUCAACCUCGUCGUCAAAUGGGCCGUGUCGGAGUGCGUGCUGACCGAAAACAUCGAGGAGCGCGCACAAUGUAUCGUGAAGUACAUACACAUCGCCACCCACGCGCGACGACUGCGCAACUACGCUACCAUGUACCAGAUCGCCAUCGCACUUAUUUCUAACGACGUCUCCCGUUUGCGUAAAACUUGGGCACUCGUCCCGCCGGCUGAACUGCAGACUAUGAAGGAACUGGAGGCGCUGGUCCAGCCGCUGCGUAACUUCCAUAAUCUGCGCUUGGAGAUGGAAACUGCUACCGUGGACGACGGGUGUAUUCCCUUUAUCGGCAUAUACACCCGCGACCUCAUCUACAACGCGCAAAAACCAGCCUUCAUCGACGCUGCCCCCGUCGCGGGCGAACGCCUCGUCAACUUUGAACGCCACCAUACUGCUGCUAUGAUUGUUAAGAAUUUGCUUAGACUGCUGGAGGCGAGCUCGAAGUAUAAUUUCACGGUUGUGCCUGAGGUGUUGAGUAAGUGUCUUUGGAUGGCGGCGCUGAGUGAUGAGGAGAUUGGGAGGAGGAGUAGGGUUUGUGAGGCUUGAGUUUUUUCUUUUUGUAUCUUGGAAAGGGGAGGAUGGGAUGGGGUGGGGUGGAUUGGGUUUCUUGUGUUUGGGGGUGGGAUGGGAAUGGUGGGAUGGCAUGGGAAGGGCUGGGUGGAGUUGGAGAGAUGGUUGCGUGUUGCAUAUACCCCCACUACUUUACGCUACUUUACUUUACUUACUUUGUUCGUCAUUGCGGAUUGUUUCUGCGCAUCGAGCGUCGUUUUUCGAUGGCUUCUGUAUCUAGUAAUGUUAUCCUCACUCGUCUUC